CAGGGAAGAUCCCAGUGGCCAUCCAUAUAUUAUAACUGUUAGAUAAAAUUUCUAGUAUUUUUUUCCUACCCUGGAGGAUUGUCUUGUUUACCUUCUGGGGACACCACUGCCCUGAAAAGUCUUACAGUGCUGCCUCUCUCCCUGCAUUCGCAGUUGUACCUAGCAGAUAAUAGAUGACCUGUGAGUAUUUGAGAAAUAAAUGACUUUUACUGUCAUAAAUGGUGAAGCUAGGAUGCUUUGUGUUGUCAUUUUCCUGUCUGCUUUCUUCUAGAAUUUGUUUUUCCCUAGCCACCUUCUUCUAAGCUCUAAAUGUAAAGGUCUUGAUAAAAAUGUCUUAGAGGAUGACACUUCCAAUUAGCUGUAAUGUAGGGCCAUGGAAUCAUAAGACAAUAUAACUUUGGAGCUGGAAGGGGACUUGUAAGUCAACUGGUCAAAAUUCUAACUUAAAAUCAAAUUGGCAAAAAAACCAAACAAACAGAAUGAGAGGAGUCCAGAACCUGGAUGCCACCGGGUGCCUCUUCCUGGGGAGGUCAGGGACAGCCUUGCGCAGGAGACGAAGCUGAGCCGAGACUUAGGAUUGGUCAGAUGAAAGAGCCUCCCCAUCUGAGGGAACAUAGUGGGCAAAGUUGGUGAAAUGCAGGAACUGCAUGUGGUUUGGCCUGACUAGAGCAAAGGACACAGUGGGAAAGUAGCAAGAGGAGAGAUUGCAGAGGUUGCUGGGGCCGGAUGGCGAAGCUUCUGCUGCACUGGCAGUGCUUGGGUGUCUCCGUGCUCCCAGAUUGAGCUGUCAGUUUGGCCAGAUCAAUGGUCUGCAUCUCUGGGACAUUGUCUCAUUCAAACACUUGGCAUGGACUUACGGGUCCCAAGUUUUGAGGCCCUGACACACAUUCGUGCUCAGUCUUAGCCUGGGCGCUCCCAUGUUCCCCAGGGAUGUUUCAAGACCCACAGGGAAAGAGAGAGCACUGGUUUAGGAUUGAGCAGCAGUUGCUGGGGAACAUCUGGAGCUACACUGGGAGCGAAGGCUUUUGAUACAUUUGUAUGUUAGAGGCAGCCAACAUUCUAGCUGUCCAAAGGCAGUUUUUCCACAAGUCAAGAAUUUUCUCUCAGGCUGGCGACACUGAUCCCUCAAGUCCUGUGCUUCUGACAAUGACUGUCUUGUGUGCAGUGAUCUGUGUCCUGUCUGGUUCUCUCCUACCGUCUGGUCAUCUGUUAACCAGUCACCCCCUGGAUUUCUCCAGCUACUGAAUAACAGAGGUCAUGGGAGAGCCCUUUAUUUGUUUGUUUGUUUUUUUGGAGUGGUUUUCAGAGCAGACUAGGAUUUUUAAUUCAGGGUACAAUGGUCAGAUCACAUUAAAAAUGCAGGCAGCGAUGCAGAACACGGCUGGUUCAUGUCAGCCAGACAUUUCAGUGUAACCAGAGGAGGGAAACACGGAUAGGGGCUGUGUUAAUGAAAGUAGAUGCCAAAUUGCAUGGCAAGCGCUGGCUCCUGUUUCUCCUCUCCCCUGCCACCCUCCAGCCGGAAGAAAGAAGCUCAUAUUUAAGCUCGAAGUUAAAAUGGGAUUGCUGCUUAAUGAGCAUUCCUGUGAUCUAGAGAUCAAGUUGCUUACACCUCCAAAGGAAAGAUCCCAUGUACGAGGGUUGUAACUGUCAUGGCAGUUAGGAUCUACAAGAAGGCAAGAUGAGUGAGAAGUCGUUCCAAGGAAGUCAAGGACGAGCAUACCUCUUUAACUCAGUGUGUGUGGGAUGGAGAAAGCGAGUGAACAGAAGACAACAACAUCUGCUGAAGGAUCUAAGGCUGGAGGGCAGGCCCAGUUGGGGAAGAGUCUUCAUCUCCUGCAAACGCACAAUCUACCACAGCCCUCAGUUGGUACCUGGGCACAUCCCAGGAGUUAAUGUGGGCUGCGGACCUGCAGAAGAGCGAGUGUUGCUAACAGGACUGCAUGCAGUCGCAGACAUUUACUGUGAAAACUGCAAGACCACUCUGGGCUGGAAAUAUGAACAUGCCUUUGAAAGCAGCCAGAAAUAUAAAGAAGGAAAAUACAUCAUUGAGCUAGCACACAUGAUCAAGGACAAUGGCUGGGACUGAUCCGAGAAAAUCCACCCAACCCAGUGUCCACGUGAACGCCAUCCAACUGAGCAUUCUACCCAAGCGUGAGAGAGUGACUGAACACUUGGUUCCAUCCAUUUAGGGGCCUUGCCAUCUGGGGCAUUCUCCCGCCCUGACGCCGUUUUUCUGGUGACCGGCCUCUAAAUCGCUGUCCCUCUGUCUCUUUGCUUUGUAUCUGUUUGUGAGUUGAUCCUGGCUUCUCUCUCUGUUAUAGUGUUGGCUGAGAAGAAAACAACAAAAGGAACAGAUGCCUGACCGCAUGGCGGCAGCCCACCUUGAUAAAGGGCCCUGGGGCCCAUUGCAAGAGCUGCCUGACGGCCUCUUGUCAGGAGAGCAGUGGCACAGCACGGGGGUGUGAGGAAGAGGGAAAGGGGGGAACCACGAGGGUUCCGGGGGUGGGCAAGGGGACAGGAGAGUAGAGGUAGAAAAAAAAAUUGUGCUGCUCCUGGAGACCUGGUAACUUUAGGCUUGAAAUAACCCACUUGUCUAAAAGGACAAAGAGAGAAAAAAAAUACCUCAUGACUACAUUCUGAUCAGAAGCUUCAGUCCCUGACACCAAAUGUGCCAGGUUAGCAUGUGAGCACAAGAAGUGGCCCUGAUUCUAGCUGGCAAGGCUGUGGCCUGGUUCUCCUGGGCUGAGUUGUGUGUGGGGGGUGUCUUGGCAGCAGUGAGUAACUUGGGGAAGAGCCCAGAUGGGUUUUGAUGACUCUGAUGCCUCGCUGCUCCUCUGGGUAAUCCUCUUUGCCUCUUCAGCCCCGAUAGGUGAGAGGAGAGGGGACUGCCAUUUGCAAUGGGCACAAGAUCCAGACACCCCAAAGGCUUCGACUAGGAACCAAGUAAAAUCAGUAACUGAGGAGAACAGGGAACAAAGGGGGCUGCAGUUUGGGAGCUCCGGCAGAAAUGGCUCAGAUAUUGGGCCAGAAAAAAAUAAGUAGAACCAGUUAACAUUUCUGACUGACUGACCUUCACCCCUGACUCUUAGAGAUGAGCAUUGUGGCAAGGGAGGGCUGGGGGUGGUGGAAUGCCGGGAGUAGUUUAGAUUUGAACCAUUACAGGUUAGUUGCAUUGUUCCUCUUCGGUAUGCAAUAGCUUCAGUAAGAUCAGCAAUUAUUUGUACAUAAGAGUUUUGGGUGUUUUUCUCCAGUUCUAUCAUUGUAGAUUGUGGAAAAUGAAGUCCCGAGGUUGGCUGGUAUAUUCCUCAUGCCCCUAGCUGUUCUCCUUGGAUUUGAAUGUUUUUGCGUGGAGGAAAAAAAAAAGUAUCAAAGUGGUCAGCAGUGGGGAGGGCUUAAUUUGAUGUCAGACCUCAAGUUACAAAUUUUAAUAUUACCCUCCCCCACCUCCAUCCCCACCUCCCCAUCCAAACUUCAUUAUAUUCUGAGAAAUGGAGAACAAACCCCUGUAAGGUUCAUGAGAGAGAGGAGUUUGUCACAUUUAAUCAACACUGUGAAGUCUAUUCUACAGCGAUUCAGCCAGUACGUGGUGGAAGGUCACCUAAGUGAGUUCAUUUCAUUGCUUAGACUGAAGAUAUUAUUGUUCGGAUAUGAGUAGGUUGUGUAAGGUUAAUUCUCAGUAUCUCAUUCUCCAAGUAGGCUGACACUAGAGGACUAGUCACCUUUAAAGUCACAAAAGUUAAGUUCUUGGAGAUAAGAAUCGGCCAAGUUGAUUAACCAAGAUUCAAGCAACCAACCCAGGACAUUUUCAGAAUUGAACCAAAUUCCCAUAGGGAAUCAGUCCAUGUGGAAAAUGCCUUUUUGUGUCUCUGUGUGCUGAUUGCAAAAUGGGGGACCUGAGACAGGCGUGGCCCUGCCCUGGUAGUGGAGUGGUGGACAGCAGGACUGACAGGAGUAGUGUAGCUCCAGGUUCAGUAGUAGACUUGCCUCUGUGAGACAAAAGGAUUCUUAGAAAUUUAACUUUGUUCCCAAAGGCUUCUUGCCCACAUCUUUCGGUGCUUUAGAGUAGGUAGCCCUGGGAGAUGAAGUUGUUCUCCCCACCUUACUAAAAAGCAGACUGAGGUUCAGAAAAAGUAUUUCCUUUCUGCUCCCAGAGAAACCUUUCCUCUGGCUCCCAGGCACUCCCAUGCCCAAGAUCGAAGUUAAAAAAAAUAUUGUCAACUUUCACAUUCCUAAGCUGGCUUGCCAGCACAGAAAUCAUAGGUUUCCCUCUCUAUCCCCCCAAAAGUAGUGGCCUUCAUUUAUGGAUUUUAAUUAGCUCCUUUGCUCAGGGAAUGUCCUGGCUAUUGAAACUCUUUUCCAUACAAAGAAAAUGGGGGUUAAACACGGGUAGGUGUUCUGUCUAAAAAUGGAAUGUGGCGACAUAGAAACCAGACAUGGGCGCCCUAGGAUUUUCAGUGGGCAGAGGAGACCGAUGUGUCACUUCUUCCUUGGGGAUGGGGCCUCUGACUGUUGCAUGGACCAGAGCAGGCUCCAAUGAGACCCUGGUUUGGGGUGUUUUUUUUUUCAGUUACUAUCCAUUGAGCAUCCAAUGGGUGCAUGGUGCCAUACUUGAUGCGAGAAAUCUGAGUAGAAUGUUGGUUUUUUCAUAACUACAGGGGGGAAAAAAAACAACCCAACUUAUUAGAUUUCCCUUUGUGUCAAUGAAACCAAAAGUGCUUCUUAUAACUCUAGCUCCAUUCAUGGCUUGUCUAUCAAAUGUCUAGUAGUAUUGGAGAGACCACAGCUGAGCGAUGGAGAUGCAUCAACGCAUGGCCUCAGUCAGUUCAUUUUUUAAUUUCCUCACCAAAUUAUUGACUCAGAGCAUAACCAAAGACCUCAUCCAUUUACCCUAGGUAGGUUCAGGGAAUUGGAGUUCGAUGUAAAACAUAGGGAGUAGGAAAGGGGAAAGGGAGAAGUGAGAAAGGGAAAGACGUGGAUUUUAUACCUCAGCCAGCAGCUGCCUUCAUUUUCAACGGAAGUCCAGCCGCAGGCUCUAGUUCCAUCUUUCCUGUGCCACCUCAUGUCGUAUGGCCUUGGUGGCCCUGGAUUACACCCCACCCCCCAUCCCACCCUUGGUAUUGGUCUCAGGCUGCUGAUGGGCUGAUUUGACAUGAAUCAAAUGCAGCCAAAGUUGAUGCUCACAGAAUGUCAGCUGGGCCUGACUGAGAGCUGCCCCAACUCCUAUGACAGUAAGAUCAUGGAAAUAGGAUAGAGUAAAAUGUUACUGGUAGAUCAGUGAAAAAGAGGUGUCCCCUUUAUAAAAAGAUUUUCAAGUGGAUAUAUAUAAAAGAAACAGUUGUUUGUGAAAUAUACUUUUGUAAAUAAUAUUUAAUUUUUUAAAUAAUAUAUUUGGUGCUGUUUUCUCAGAUCCCCUGAGAGCACAUUUUGUUUUCAUUUUUAAAUGCUAUGGUUUCCUCUGCAUUUCUUGAAGUCUAUUUUAAGGGAAACAGUGAUCACCAAUGGACUCUUUUUUAAAAAUAGAUCUCAUCACUUUAGUCUGGAUGGGAGGCAAUAGAGCAAUGCCUUUCUAUUAUUCCCAACAGAGUGGACUCUGCAGUACAUUACCAGGCUGAGAAUUGAAAUGUUUUCUUGCACCAGUACUGGCUAGAAAAGAAAAUAAAUAAAAUCAAGUAAAUUUAGUAACAAGUUAGAGUGAAUGCUUUUGUUGGAAGAAUUACCAACAAAUUAGAAUCUUGUUUUGAGUGAGUGAGUGAGUGAGUGAGUGAGAGAGAGAGAGAGUAUGCAAAAAGCACUUUGGAUUGUGCCUCCUGUUUUCUUUCUUAUUGGGGACACUACACCUACAGUUUACACCUUGGGCACAUAAAGUUUUUCUUCACUUUCUCUCUGAUGGUGGCUUUGUUUUCUGAGUGGACCAACAGCACAAAGCACGAGGAUUUUGUUUUCCUGAGCAUGGAGCUGUUGCCAGCUUGUCCUGUUUUCUUUCUUUGUGUGCUCAGCUUUCUACAGGCUGUAAAGGAAAUCUGUUGUUUGCGAAGAUCAAGCAGAGUUGUCAAAUCUGUGUUUCUGAGAUGUGAGUGUAUUCAUCACAUAGGUUAGGGCUCCAGUUGUUGUAGAAGCCACAUCAUGUUAAAAACACUGACUGGUUUGGGUCAGUGAGAGAACAUAAAUAAAAUAAUAUUCAUACUGUGUUGGUAAACAGCUUUUUUUUUUUUAAAGGUCAAACUGCCUCAGGUUUCGUAAGAAGCUGAGAAAUCAAAUGUUGAAUACAAUCAACUUUCAUAUUUUAAGUAGAGUCCGUCUCAAAUGAGAAAACAUGCUAGUGUGUUCUAGGGAGAGGAAAGAGAUGUUUAAUUUUUAAAAUUAAAAUACAUGAAAUUUACUAGUAGUGAAAGGCAAAGCCAAGGUGAGACAAGCUAUUCUCAUUUUACCAAAUUCUAUCUGCCCGAAUGUUUUUGUAUAACAUUUUGGUGAAAGUGAGACUUGGUUCCCUUUUCUGACCUGCAGAGACUAUCUUUCAAUACAGAAUUUAUGCUUGUGUUUACAAAGUGUAUUUGUUGGGUUUGGGUUUUGUUACUUUCUAUUGUUUGUCUUUUUGUUGUUGUUGGCAUUUUUCAGGUCACUUUGCUUCAAUAACAAAGAUAAUUAUUUUCAAAUAAUUUCUCUUUACCUUUUCCUGUAUUUGUACAUAGUGAUUCAGUAUUAGAGAAAAAUGCAUUGUUUCUCUCAUAUUUCCAAUCUGUGUUGGUGCUCAUUUGAGAAAAUAAAGUUUUCAAAUAUUAA